UUUAAUCCAAAGAUGUGUUGACAAUUUCGCUACUGUACAUUCAUUCGAAAUCUUUAUCUUUUUCAUAUGUAUGAGACAUUUUAAUUUCAUAUUUCAAUGUCUAACGACAAGACACCAGCAAUGCCGGAGAAUGAGUUAACGGAAGAGGAAGACAUGGAGCACGAAACUCCAGACAGCGACAAAAGUUCCGACGAUGAGACCGGCACGGCAUCAUCAGAUGACGCCGAAUCUUCAUCAGAAAUUGAUGAAGAAGAAUGCCAGAAUCGGAAAAUGGAAUGCUUAGACGACAUGUAUGAACUGGAACGACAGUUCAGUGAGCUGAAGGAGCAUUUGUAUGCUGAACGUGUGUGUCAAAUGGAAGCGAAGUUGAAGGAGGUCAUUGCUGGGAAGGCUUCAGAAUACUUAAAUCCACUCGCACAACUACAGGAAAAUAUGAGGACACGUACAGAAGUUUCAGGUAUCUUGAAAGACUUACGAAUUGCCUGCAUCAAGAACAGAUUUGAAAGUGAAGAACUGGGUUCUUAUCAGCAUAUGGAGAGUGAAAAGCUUUUGUUGUAUGAUAGUGUGAAACAGGAACUUGAAGAAAAGAUUCGAAGGUUGGAGGAAGACAGACAUAACAUUGACAUAUCUUCAGAUUUGUGGAAUGAAUCUCAAACCCAAAAGAAAAAGAAGAAAAGUACUGAUCCAUUUAGCACAGACCGAAGACGGAAACCUGUUACUAUUGCAGGACCAUAUGUUAUAUAUAUGCUGAAGGAAAUUGAUAUCAUUGAAGACUGGACGGACAUUAAGAAGGCUUUGAAACAACAGGCACAAAGAAGAAAGUCGGAAUGUAAGUGCAUUGUGACACAACAAAAGCUUGCAAACAUAAACACUUUUGCAAGAUGAAAAGAAAACUAAGUUAGUUACAAGCAAACAAACAGUCACCCUUGAUAACCAUAUCGUCAACCAGUACAAGCAGUGGUCAAAGAUUGGUAGAUUUUUACAGUGUUCUGUGAUAGAUCAAUCUUAAUGUCACCAAUGACAAAAAAUGUUGGUGAUCCGACAUUUCUUAACAUACAUUCAUUUCAAUCGAAGAUGAAGCUAAAUCAUGGACUAAAUGCAUAAUCAGCACAUUGUGACUGUUGACGUUAUGCUAAUGUUGAACACAGAAAACUGUUACAGUGUUAUUCCAAUGACCACAUGACACCUUUUAAGGAUUUCUGUUGAUCAGUCAUCCAAUCAGCUGAUCUUUGCAUCCACUGAAUGUUCUUGAAGCACGUUGCUCAAGUUCCAGGCAUCAAAAUAAGUCGAGAAUGGUUGUUCAGCGUAACAGGAGAUUACCACGUCAAGAAAUGCCUCCUAGAUUUUGUUAUCAGUACAAUGAAAACUGAUAAGAAUCAGAAUAACAAAGUAUUGGCAUGUUUGUGAAGGAAUGACAAUGGGGAUUGUAAACUUCAUAAAUGUGUCAUAACCUAGAUGUUACCAGACUCGUAAUUUAAGGUAACCUGUACAUGGGUUACUGGGAACUAUGCUUAAUUCAGUGCCUGACAAUGUGCACUUAGCAAACAUAUCGAGUUUGUCUUCUCACUCCCAGCUUAUCACAUAUUUCUCUCAUACCAGGUCAUCUGAGAAACUACUGUAUGGUGUUCAUCUGUUUAUAACUAUCCAGAGAUCUGGCCUGUGAUAGACAUGCCCAAAACCGUAGUGGUAUAGGGGCAUGUUAAAGGUACUCUCUCUCUCUUCCGACGCCAUAUAAUCGUAAAUAAAAUGUGUUGAGUAUGUUGUUAAAUAAAACAUUUCCUUCCUUCCUCUCUCUAUUUCUGUUUAUAACAACCAAGUGGAGCAUUCAACCAAUAGUGACGUCAUCCUUUACAUUUCAAUGUGACUAUCAGGGAAGAAUCUAGCAAUACAGAUUGGUUGAUAAUGUCUACAUAUGCAGUGUAUUGCUAUUUACAUUGGUUGUUAGUUUCAUAUAGCGCACAUUUCUGUUUUUCGUUAUCAAGUGAAAUAUUUGUACCAUUCUCUUCAUCAGAUAUUUUAUGGUAAAACUUUACAGUUAUGUCUACAUUAUUGAAGAAUGUUGUAAUACAACAUUAAGCAUUAGCUGUUGGUAUACGUAUUAUAUAGUAUUGUUUACAAUCAUUACUUAUGGUGUCAUGGAGGAAUUCAUGAUAUAUUUGAUGAUGUACCGUUUUUCUUGUGUAACAAAGAAUUCGAGACAUGUACAUCAAAGUGCUAAUUGUGGUAUGGGAUGCUACCAAAUAUUUAAAAAUAUCUCUGGAUGGACAAUUUCAAAUCCUGUUUUUCUAAUAAAAUUUCAGAUACUAUUGGUAAAACCAAAA